AUGGCCGCCCUCUUCACCGGGAAAAUCCUGACGGUCAACCGGGAGCAGGACGAGUUGGAGACGGACCGGGAACUGCUCCGGGCGCUGGAGAACAAGGUUUUGCUUCUUUACUUCGGCUCCGCGCAGUGCCCGCGAUGCCGCCGCUUCUCCCCGCUCCUCAAGGAAUUUUUCAUCCGUCUCACCGACGAAUUUUACGUGGAACGAGCCUCGCAGCUGGCGCUGGUCUACGUGUCCCGCGACGAGACGGAGGAGCAGCAGAGCGCCUUCCUCCAAACCAUGCCGCGCCGCUGGCUGGCCGUGCCCUUCGGGGACGCUUUCAAAAG